AUGUCAAAUGACACAUUGAGUGAUCAAGUGGUUGCAAAGCUUCCAUUGUUGGAAGAGCUUGAACUUUUUAGAGGAAACUUCUCAGCAGAAGUUCUCGAAGCUGUUGGUCAGUGUUGCCCUCGUCUAGAAACACUGAAAUUUAACGGCCUAGGCUAUUGCUUCUCCUUAGAUAUGAGUCCUGAUAUGGAAGAGGAAUUUAGAGGAGUGCAUUGGCCAUUGCUAGAAAACUUUCCUAAAUUACGUCGCCUGGAGCUUAUUGGAAACAGUUUGUCUGACAUCGGGUUGCGCGCUAUUCUUGAUGGUUGUCCUCAUCUCGAAUCACUUAACCUGGGCUGUUGUUUUAAUUUAAGGAUGAAGGGUAAUUUGCGGGAAAGAUGUCGUGACAUGAUUAAAUCUUUGCGGUAUACUUUUGAUGGAGCAUUUAUAUAUGAUGAAGAAUUUUAUUAUGAGCUUGCUUAUGUUAAGGUCUGGAAUCGCACGCUAAGAGGAUAUAGCCGCCUGUAUUCAUGA